AUGUCACUCAACUCUGAUAAUAUCCCUUCCUCCAGCUCUUUCCUAGCUACAAACUACACAAAACCGGAUGCGAUUCUUGAUGAUCCGACUGCCACUGAAUCCUGGAUCGUAGCGGCCGUCGCAGCGGGCUCGAUUUUUGUGCUUAUCAUGGCAGCCCGUCUAUGCUAUACCUACAUGCGUAAAUUCCCGGGUAAAGGAAGCGAGGACGAGCAUGAAGCCCAGCCUAUAUCGGAUCUCAUAAAUCGUAGCGCAAUCACCACUGGUGUUGGCGGCAAACGGGGAGGAAGAUAUUCUGUUGCU